ACGAAAGUUACGUCCAUAGCAGUUUCCAAAGUAGUCUUUAUUGGUUGUUAUAGAGGUGUUCAUCACACCUAUGAAAACUUCGGUUUUCUUCGUUCCGAAAUUAUGUGAUGCACAUAUAUUCCUAGGCUCACAAACAUCAGCUGAGACAGCGUUUGGCAAGUAGACUUUUCAUCAGAACUUGCUUACUUCAUGUAGCUGUCAGGUCAAAAACACCUAGGUUUUGUGUCAUGUGGUCAAGCAUGUCGUUUGUUUUUUAUGUGCAUAGUUGGUUCAACUCAUCAUACUUUUGUGUACAAUAAGGUAUCAGAGCAUAUUACUUAGAGUCAUAUAACGAAGAGUUGAUUUCAAUCAUUUAUAGUGCUUCACACUUCCUGGAUCAAAUGGUUCACAUGUGAGUCUUGUCGCACUCCUUUUGUGACUAGUUCAUAAGUUUCUUGGUGUUCAGUGUUGGUCCCUUUAUUGCAUCUCUAAUUACUUUUUAAUGUCAAGAUUUCCAAAAUCGUUUUGGUUUGUAAAAUAAUUGUUUUGUGUCCGCUUCUUAAGUGGCAUUAUGGCAGACGGGUAUAUUUCUUUCUGGUCGUGGUUGGAAUGCGAUGUGAUAACUGCAACAAAUGAUGCCAUAACAAAUACAAUGAACUCACUAUAUCCGCUUAUGGAGAUUACAAAUAUGGAAUAUGGCUGGAAGUAGGUGGCCGGCUGCAGUGGCUCCUACUAACAGAGUCGGGAAUGCUUCUCGAGCAAAACAAGUUAUUUUCGAACCUACAUUUGCCAAAAUGGAAAAAGAGAAUUACGCUUUAACUCAGCGACUAAAGGAAGCUUUCUAUAAGGUAGAGAAGCGGUAUCCUGGUUUCAGUAAAGAUUUCAUGAUUGGCUUGCUUCAGCGGAUGGGAGUCGAUAGUGAAAUCGACGUGACUGAAACGUGUUUACGGAUUGCUGCUCUUCAAGAGUGUGAUAAUCCAAGGACGUCAAGAAAUCCUAGAGUUUUGGAGUUGGAACUUACGGCUAAGACCCUGAAAACUAUUCUUAGUAGCAUACCUGAUGAAAUUAUCGACCGCAGAGCAUUUAUAGAAGUCAUCAAAGGAAUAGCAGAUGCGAUAAAGAUGUUGUUAGCUGCUGUGGGUGCGUUUUAUGAUACGUUACCACCAGGAACACAAAAGAAAUGUCUUGAAGAUCAAAAACGAAAAUUUAUCACCUACUGUCGUAAAUUUAGUGACACUUUGAAGCAGUACUUUAGGAACAACGAUCAAACUGUGGUUUUCAGCAGCGCAAACCUUCUAGUUAGCCAAACCAACCUAAUUUUGUUUGUGGUUCAUGAUGUAGAUUGAAGAAAAGUGAAAAAUGCCACCAUUGUUAAUAUUUUGUGCUUACUUCGGAUUAUAUUUCCUUAUGAAUGUGAUUUAUGAAUAGUUGAAAAAUUAGUUUUUACUUUUGCGUAAACAUCUAUAGUAAACUGGUUACUUUUUUUAAACAUUAAAAUUGCGAUUUCGCGUUACUUUUUUCCAAAUAUUUGGCCAAGUGACAAAUUAUUUUGCAUCAUUACUUAUACUUUCUUUAUUUCCAGCUCCUUGUAAAUUGAGAAUAAAAGCUUUUUACGAAAUAGGAUAUAAAAUUAUUUGUGCUU